CCGCCCCCCCGCGCUCCCCUGCCCGGAGGCGGGGAGCAACGGGCGUCUCUCGGGCCGGUCCCCAUGGUAACCGCCAGGCAAACAAGGCCGCAGCUCCCAGCCGAACAUCUCGGUGUUCGCGGCCGGCUGGGAGCGGGCGUUGCCGGAAGCAGACUCCGACUCCCAUUGGAAUGAAUGGCAAAAACUUCUAUUCAUGUUGGUGAGAGAAAAUUGGAUACUUCAUUCACUGUUGCAGAUAUAAUUAUGCAAUUUAUUUAUAAUUAAGAUCUCUUGGGCAUGAGCCACAAAGCGUAUAACCAGCCAUGAAGGAAUUAACUGAACAUCUUGUCUCUACUUCUGAAAAUCUGUUACUUGAAUAUGGACAAACUACCAAUCAAACCCACGAUAAGAAACUGAAAGAUCUUGUUAUAGUUCAGUUAAAUGGACUAUAUUUAAAGAACGUGAAACAUGUGCAAUACUGUGUUUUGCUUAAAGUAUGCAUUUUGUCUAAUAAUUAUAUUACAAAUAUUGAUGCACUUCAGUGUUGUACUCAUUUAGUUAAGUUGGAUCUCCAUGGAAAUCAGAUUCAGAGUCUUCCUGCCCCUGUGUUUUGGGAAGGCAUGAAGGAAUUAAAUCUACUCUAUCUUCAUGACAAUGGAAUUGGAAAACUGGAUAUUGUGCGUUCGUUAUCUUUCUGUCCCAAUCUGAUAGGCCUUACCUUGUUUGAUACUCCACUAAGCCUAAGAAAAGCAUAUAGGCAUAUUGUUGUUAACAGUAUUUUCUCGCUCAAAGCACUGGAUUACUAUGUAAUUUCUGAUGAGGAAAUUGUUGAGAAUUGGAAACUCCCUGCAAAAUAUAAAUCAUUUAGCCCAAGCCUCUUCCUUGAUUUUUGCCCUGCGCCUAGAAAGGAAGCAAUCGUUGAGGAGAAUAUAAAUGUGGUCAAAGACAUCAUUUCAAAAAUCAAUCACAUUCUAGCUCAUCAUUCACCAGUUGUGAUUGUUCAAAGAUGGAUAAGGGGAUAUUUGACUAGAAAAAGACUUGGCAAAAUUCCUUUGGCUGAAGUCAUGCUAUCAGUAAGUGAUAGUAAAAGCUCUGUGUAUCACAUCAUUAAACCAGAACAGAAUAUAGAGGACAAAAUGCUUACAUCUGUAAAACAAGUCCUAUAUAUGGAUAAUUUUGAAAAGCUUCCUCUUUUAUGUCUAAGAAGAAAAAAACAACCAGUUUUCUCCAUUUCACCCACAUUGAGAAAAAAAGAAAAAAAGAAAAAACUUGAGGAAAAGAGAAUCCCAAAGAAGGGUUUCUUGGAUGUGGAGAAACGUAAUAUGGAGGAACAGGCAGAAACUAAAUUUAGGCUUUCUGUUUGUAAACCUGCUUUUCAUUCAGUGAAGGAUAAGGUGAUGAUUUUUCAAAAGAAAGAGGAAGAAAUGUAUCAUGCUGUACAACCAAUCCAUUCUCUUGUUGAUUGUGCUCCACAACUUAAAGCUGUGAAUCACCCAGUAAAUAUAGAAAAGAGAAUUUUUGCUAAAAUGUACGGAGCUGUGAGACUUAGACCAUUUUAUAUUAUUGAUAAAGCCUACAGGGACAGUAAGAGAUGUGAGGUCCAAGCUAAAAAGAUAUCUGGGGUUAUGCAGAUGCAAAUUGCCAAAGAUGAAGCUGACUGCUUUAUUAAGAGUUUUCAUGAGGAGAAAAAGAAUAGUGUUCAGAAAAGAUGCAAAGAAGAAGACAUUAGAAUUCAAGAAGCUUUACACCAACAUCAAUUGAGAAGAUCAGAAUUUAUUGAAAAAACAAGGAAAAGGCAUGCUCAGUUUUUAGAAAACAAGAACCAAAAAGCAUCAGAGUAUUCGUUAAUUCAAAACUUCAGCAUUCAGCAUGCUUCUUUGACACAGAGUUUGUUUAAAGUUGACAGAUGGAGGAAAAGUGAGGAAACCAUAAAGGAAAGAAAGAGCAUUGUUAAGGAAAACAAAGAAGAUGCAGAAAAAUGGAAGGAGCUGAUUAAAAAUUUUCAAGAGCACAGGCAAUUAAUGUUAAGAAAAGAAAACUUAUCAGAAAAAUUGGUUCUGGAUUCCAUUGUUUCUCAAAUGACCAAUGAGAGAUUACAGCAAGCCAAGGCAAAAGUUGCAGCUGUAAAGGAUCAUCAAGCCAAUAUGAAAAAUUAUGAUCAGACUGCCAUUGAACUGCAGUGUGGUGGUUUGUCAGCACUGCUGCUUGGGAGAAGUGGAGACAGAUGGCCUUAGAAGGUGACCUGUUCAUUUCCUCAGUCCUGUGUUCUACACUGCUUAAGGCAAGGAGCCAGAACUUCUACUGGUGCAAAUUGUCAUAGCAACACUGACCUCCUUUGUAUUUUCUUGAGUUUUCUGGAGCUGCUGAAGUAUGAAUGUCCUGCUUGUGACACAAUGGGCUUAUAGGCUAGUCACUGCAUAUAUUUUUGGUUCAGUUUAAAACAAAAUGGAU